CUCAUGCGGCAGGCAUCUUCUAGAAAAGGCGUUGAACGAUGGCACAGUACAAACUACCGAUUGCAGCAUCACAAGCGGAUUGACUCUUUUUGGGCUUCACUUUUUGGAGCUCGGUCUGGGCACUCCGCUUGUUCUAGUACACUCUACCACAGAACACCUACCAGAACACCUCCUCUACGCCGUAGAUUUCGUGACGUGGAUGGGAACCGCGGCCUGAAGGAUACAUGCGCACCCGUAUCGCCAAGUGCCAGCCCGGGGCAUCCGAUAACGGCGGCUGUCAACGAUGUUCGAGAUCACUGACUUUCAGAAAAUUGGCGUCGGCCUUGCUGGCUUCGGCGUCGCGUUCCUGUUCCUCGGAGUCCUGUUGCUGUUUGACAAGGGUCUCCUUGCAUUAGGAAACAUUCUGUUCCUGAGCGGCCUGGCAUUCGUCAUUGGCCUGGAACGCACCUUUCGGUUCUUCUUUCAAAGGCACAAGAUCCGUGGCACGCUUGCUUUUUUUGGUGGCAUUGCCAUUGUCAUCGUUGGUUUCCCCCUCAUCGGAAUCAUUGUUGAGACCUAUGGGUUCAUCCUACUCUUCAGCGGGUUCUUCCCAGUUGUCAUAAACUUCCUCCGUAGAAUACCCAUCUUGGGCAGCCUACUCAACCUUCCAUUAAUAGGACCGUUUAUGGAUCGCCUUUCAGGAGACAAGGGCAGGUCAAUUGUGUGAGCUUUUGUGCUGGGCCCCAUGGCAGCUGCUUUUGGCACUAAGGCAGGCCGCCAUCCUUCUCUACUCGGCGGUGUCCAUGGUGGCCAAGGGGGGCCGCCUGGGCACGGAAUGGAGCUGCUGGUGUUGCACAGCAGACACAGGAUGCUGCAGUUGAAGGCCUGGCGAGGGGAGUUACAGCUGUGAAAGGGGCUGCCACAUUGACUGCUGCCGCUGUCGGAGCCGGUGCUCUGGGGGUGCAAUGGACAGCGAGUCUAGAUGCGGCAGAUGGGGCGUUAGCAACCACAAAAGGAUGAACCGCAGUGAAUUUGGGCGUGGAAUGAGCAGCAAUCGUGGCGGUGGCAGUGUGGCAAGCUUCUGAGCGGACGAGGUUCAGGCGGCAAAGUCUGCAGUGGCUGUCGGCGUCGCAGGGGCUGCAACGGUUGCUAAGGCUGUGGCUGCUGCAGCAGUGGUGAGCUUAGGAGCAGAUGCUGCGCAUGCAGAAAAGUCAUCUGCAGUGGCUGUCGGUGUUGCUGGAGCUGCGCCUUCCGCUAAGGCUGCGGCUCAUGCCGAGGGAGCGGCAGCUGCAGCAACCGCGAAAGCAAAGAUGGCAGCACAUGCCACCCGCUCUGCAGCUUCCUUCAGAGCUGCAGAAGCAGCGCAGCUGGUAAGUGCUGCAGUAGGCAUCGGCGCAGCAACCGCUGUUCGCGCCGUCACUUCUGCGGCAGAACUUGGUGUGCACGUGUGUUGCAGGUCUGGGAUGCUUAGCAAAAGCGCAGAACAAACCAGUAGUCCCCAAAUAACAAGGAAGCCAGCUACUGAAAGGGCCCGUCGCCCAAAUGAAAUAGCCAGUGAUCGUUUCAGCGUAACUAGAACAGCCCGAAAAAACUUUGGCGCAUCGCAACAGUUUCCCAAAUGUUCACCCAGACAUUAACUAUGGCCAAUACACAUCUCACAUACUGCCUGACGAUGCCUGACAUUAACUGUGGCCAAUACACAUCUCACAUACUGCCUGACGAUGCCUGGCUAUUGAUCUUCCUCACCAUCUGUCACCAUGCUCUUUGAAUGUGCCUUGCCAUCCAUUCAUGCGACAUCAUCACUCCCCGCCCUCAUUAUUGGUUGUGCUACGUCUGCCUUGCCUCUAAAUUCUUUUUUCUUUUGUUUAGCAACGCAUCGCCAGCAGCUGUCAAUAAAGGGAUGUUGUAAUGUCACAUAAAAGUACAUGCUGUUUUUUAGGUCAUGUGUUGAACCUUUAAUGCAGAAAUGUGCAGUGUCUUGUCGUGACACUACCACGCAUUUCUCGGCAGUCUUUCAGUGUGUAAAGGGAAGCAGCUGUAACCAUAACACACUUCAUUAUUUAAUUAAUGUCUAGUAAUGUUUCUUGGUAGUUUCAAUUUGCUCAUUUUCAUUGGUGUACUUGGAACAUGCUGUGUAUAGUGACUCUUCUGCCUAAUUUUUCCUUUGGUAUUAAGACAAAUAAAGAUAUAGAGUGACAGUUACAAACUGGCCCAGAA